AUGACUCAGCCUAUCGAGUUGACUGCCCCCAAUAACACAACCUACCUGCAGCCUACUAGACCGUUUAUCAACAAUGAAUUCGUUCUUUCUUUGUCCGGCCAAACGCUUUCGACUGUUAACCUCUUCGUUGAGUCGGUUAUUGUAAGCGUCUCUUCUGCAGGGCCAGAUAAUAGCGAUCUUGCCGUUGCGGCUGCUCAGAAAGCAUUCAAGUCAAGCGAAUGGAAAUCUGUGACAGGUUACGAUCGAGGGGUACUUCUGACCCGCUUGGCGGAGCUAUGCGAUCGUGACAAGCAUAUACUUGCGACCAUUGAUGCAUGGGACAAUGGUAAGCCUUAUGAGCAGGCUCUGAACGAAGACCUUGCCGAGGUGGUCUCCAUCUUCCGUUACUAUGGUGGCUGGGCCGAUAAGAUUCAUGGUCAAACCAUCCCGACUAGCGAUGCCAAGCUGGCCUAUACCAGGCAUGCAACUAUUGGAGUGUGUGGUCAAAUUAUUCCAUGGAACUACCCUGCAAUGAUGGCAGCGUGGAAAUUGGGGCCUGCACUUGCUUGCGGGAAUACGGUUGUCAUCAAAGAGGCCGAACAGACGCCACUUUCAAUUUUGUAUCUUGCAACUUUGAUUCGCGAGGCUGGCUUUCCGGCUGGUGUUGUGAAUGUUGUCAAUGGUCCUGGUGCAACCGCCGGAGCAUCCAUCGCGUCGCACCCAGGCAUUGACAAGAUCGCGUUCACUAGGAGUACAAUCACUGGAAGGGCAAUCAUGAAGGCUGCUGCUUCGAAUCUAAAGACAAUCACACUGGAAACAGGUGGUAAGAGCCCUUUGGUUGUCUUCGAAGAUGCCAAUCUGGAUCAAGCAGUCAAGUGGUCGCAUGUUGGAAUCAUGAGCAACAUGGGUCAGAUCUGCACAUCCACAUCGCGCAUUUAUGUUCACGACAGUGCUUACGAGACCUUUGUGAACCACGGACCUCAAGUGUCAGCGGCGCAACGAGAUCGGAUUCUGCGUUAUUUUGAGGCCGCGAAGAAAGAAGGCGCCACAAUCGUUCUUGGGGAGAAUCAGCCGCCAAACAAUGCGAAAGGAUAUUUUGCCCACCCCAUUAUCUUCAAAGACACCGACCGCAAUAUGACCCCUGAGGUCUUCGGACCUUUUGUCGGAAUUCAUCAGCAAGAUGCCAUUGACAAGGCUAAUGACACGGAAUACGGAUUGGGCGCCGCCAUUUUCACAGAGAACAUCACCCGUGCCCACACAGUCGCAGCCGCGAUUGAGGCUGGCAUAGUUUGGAUCAAUAGUUCCCAAGACUCUCACUUUGCCAUUCCAUUCGGCGGCUAUAAACAAAGCGGCAUUGGACGAGAGUUGGGCGAGUAUGCCCUUUCAGCGUAUACCCAGGUCAAGGUAGUGCAUGUCAACCUCGGAACCUGGCUUCAGAUAUAG